AUGUCUGCAAUAAACAGUAUACUUCGAGUGUACCAGGGCUCAUCAGCUGUGAGCGCGUCUGCGAUGUCAACGGUUUCUCCAUCGAGUCUUCCAUUAGAUGAGUGUUUAUCUCAAACCGGAGAUGGAGAUGGCAUUGCUCCGUAUGAACCCAUUGAUAACCUCCCCACAGCCUCUCGUAUAGAUGAGCAAGGUGACGGGUUGAGCCCUAAGCCUGUGCCGAACAAUCUAUUCUUUCACUCUCCUUUGAAAUGGUUCAUGAAGCAACCACAUGGUGAAGGAUACUUCACAGAUGACAGCGCGCCUGAAGAAGCCAAUGCUAAUGACACAGAGGGGGAGCACGGGCAGCGUGGCGAACAGCCUUCUGAGGAGCACAAGGAGUACCAAGACAAGGAGAACGUAGUGGACGGUGCCGUGAUAUUAGUCGAUGGCGAGAUGGACCCGAUUUACGAGACAUACGUGAGAUAUGUGUACUAUACGCAUGGGUUUAACGAUGAGGAGCAGCAUCAGGAGGAAGAUAUGGGCGACACACCUAGAGCCACACCUAUAACCUACGAGACGGGCCAAACCGUCACACCGGAAGAGUACAAGAAGAGCUCUCCGCAAGGUGCUAACCAUUCGUCAAUGGGCUCGCUCAGAAGAUUGAGGACAAAGACCAAGCAAUUCUUAAGACAGAUAACGACAUACGAAAACCACGGCGAGACGGGUAAUAGGAGCCACUCGUUGCGGAAGUCGUUGGGGAUGAGCAAGUGGAUUCACGGCAAAGACGACGACUGCUUAUUCAGUAAUCCUGAGUUCCAAAAGAGGCUACAAGAGGGCUCAGUGGCAUCGCGUCGCCAAAGCGGUGAGCCAGUCACUGGGAACGAUGAGAACGCUGAAGCUGUUAAUCACCACCACCAUGAAACGCACCGAACCUUCCAUUAUUGGAAGGAAAAGCUGGUUAAAAGGGUUCACAGCUUCCUGUCACUGAAGGAAGGGGUUGUAUAAGCUGCUUUUGUAUACAUUAUCUAUUGCUAGUUAUCAAAUUACCGUGGUACUCUGCCUAUUCACAAC